AUGAGUACCACCGACAUUAGUCAGUUAGACAAUGAAAAUGAUACUAAAACUUUAGAUAAAAAGCAGAUUGAAGCUGAAGAAAAAGAAGUUAUGCUCAAAAGCGAAAAUUUGAAAACGGACAAUUCAGACGAUAAGAAGAAUGAAGGUGAAGGGCCAGUUAGAGCGGCACUUGCUGGUGAAGUAACUGAACAAGGGAGAGAGGUGAAGCCAAAGUUUAUUCCUAUAGGAGCCAUAAAAAUGCCUGGAUUCUUUACAAGAAAUUCUGAUAAAGACAAAACAAAAGAAGAUGAGAGUGGUAUAGAAAAGGACACAGAACAUGAGAAGACAUUAGAAAAGACAGACGAAGAUCUAAAUCCUAAGCAACAUCUUGGUUUCUUGCAAGCAUUUACAAAGUUUUUGCAACCCAAAGAUAAUGAUAAAGAAAGAGAUCAACCGAAACGCUUUGGAAUUUUCGAUGUUAAAUAUCCUAGGAUGUUUAAAAAAGGCAACACUAAUCAAGAAGCAACUCUUGCUUCGAUGGAAACAUUGGAGGAUAAAUUAGAUCCUACCAAUGAUGGAAUGGAAAACAUCAAGUUGGAUGUUGCAGACCAAGAGGAAGGUAAAGUUGCAACACGACUCCCACUUAAAGAAAGGAUUAGACAAAAGAAGUUCAUUAUUGAUGAUAUUAUGGUGUGUGCAGUAAUUGUAUUAGUAUUACUGGCAGUUAUUGUUGGAAUAAUUGUGGGUGCCCGGGCUGGACCUCCUAAUGAUCGACCUCUGCGUCUUGGACGCUUUAUAACAACAUUGACCACUUGCGGCCCUGUUGAAGGCAUCUAUGACGAGGGCGUGUACAAAUUCUACGGCAUUCCGUACGCGGUGCCACCUAUCGGCGAAAAGAGGUUCACGUACGCUCAGCCUUUGAACAACAUAUCGCUAUGCUGGAACGGUACCCUGCAGACCCACGAACCCACUCCGUUGUGCUUGCAACUUUUGGAAAACAGCACCAUCACCGGCGAAGAGGAUUGCUUAACAUUGGACAUCUUCACUCCGCAAGUGCGCUACGACUCACCGCUGCCUGUCGUUGUAUUGAUUGGUGCCAAUUCCCUAUCUGGCGGUAUUAGUCCCGCGCAACCCUCCGCCUUGUAUGCGCGGACCAAGGAGGUGGUAUUUGUAAGACCCAAUUUCAGACUGGGAGCGUUCGGAUUUUUAGCACUCGACAUUUUAUCAAACACAAAGUACCCCCCUACUUCUGGAAACUACGGGCUGAGCGACUUGUUGGUAGCGUUACAAUGGAUCCAAUAUAACAUCAAGCACUUCGGUGGGGACGCAGAGUCCGUCACUUUACUGGGACAUAGGGCAGGCGCUACUUUAACGGCUGCCCUUACUACAGCGACCAAAGCGCAGAAGCUCUACUCUAGAGUCUGGCUCUCGUCGGCCUCUGUCAUAUUCCCGGGUGAACCUCUACAGCAAUCUCAGAGUAACAAUGAACAGUUCAAGCAGAUAAGCAAAUGCAGCGACGCAGAUUGCCUGAGGCGCAUCACGCCUACGGAAAUACUGUCCGCCACCCCGGACACCUGGCUCGGCAAUAACAUCGAUUCGUUGCCCGUCGCCAACGAGUUGAAGCGCUCUUGGCUAGUGCUAGACGGCGACUACCUAAGGGUGCACGCGUACGAGAGCUGGGACGCGCAGAGGGAGGCCAAAGAGAAGGGCAAGGAGAAGGUCUUCAAGCCAAUGGUGUUCGGGACGACGACGCACUCGGGCCACACGGAACUGCUGCGUAUGAAGCACAUGAAUUGGACGGCGGAGAUUGUCGAGCGGACGGUGAACGAGAGCUACAUCGGCGAGAGGAAUCUGACGGCGUCCGUAUUCGAGCACUUCAAUAAGACGUACGAGGGCCUGGUCGAGUUGAUAACGUCCGUCCGCACACUGUGCCCGUUGGUGAGUCUCGCCCGUUUGCGCUUGGCAGCGCCCAUGUACGUGGUGACAGGUUCCGGCGCCGGCGGCGGAGUGCUCGGCUCGGGCAUGGCGACCGUCGACUCGGACGUGGAGGCGAUACUCGGCACUUUCGAGUCGGAGAUGCCCGAGCAGCGGCGAUUCAUGUCGGCCAUGCAGCAGUUCUUCUAUUACUUCGUGUGGCACGGGCGCCUACCGGGCCCGGAGACUGGCCUGGUCGCAGUGGGCCAGGACCUGCUACCGCUUCACGGUCUACCCGCUUGUGACCUGCUCAUACGCGAAGACGUCGUGCCGAGAUACGCCCACGUGGAC